UAGAUUCCCUCACCCUCCUGGGUCCGUGCGGUCUCCUCGGACUCCACUUCCCAGCGGCGCCCGCGGCGGCGCGGGGCUUCGCGGGGGCACCCUAAGGCGGGGGCGGCGGCGGCGGCGGGGACUGGCAGCCCGUGGCGGGGGAGGCCGACGCCUCCCUGGGACUGCCGGGGCCGCCGUCUCCACUAUGCCGCUGCUGGUUGAGGGGCGGCGAGUGCAGCUGCCGCAGUCCGCCGCGGACCUCGUCCGAGCCCACCCGCUUCUCGAGGAAAGAGCCAGACUUCUCAGAGGUCAGUCUGUUCAACAAGUGGGACCCCAGGGCCUUCUGUAUGUUCAGCAAAGAGAGCUUGCAGUGACCUCCCCAAAGGAUGGCUCCAUCUCCAUUCUGGGUUCUGAUGAUGCCACCACUUGUCACAUUGUGGUCCUGAGGCACACAGGUAAUGGGGCUACCUGCUUGACACAUUGUGAUGGAACUGACACCAAAGCUGAGGUCCCCUUGAUCAUGAACUCCAUAAAAUCCUUUUCUGACCACGCUCAAUGUGGAAGGCUGGAAGUGCACCUCGUGGGCGGCUUCAGUGACGAUAGGCAGUUGUCACAAAAACUUACUCAUCAACUUCUUAGUGAAUUUGACAGACAAGAAGAUGACAUUCACUUAGUGACAUUAUGUGUGACAGAAUUAAAUGACCGGGAAGAAAACGAAAACCACUUUCCAAUCAUUUAUGGCAUUGCUGUCAACGUUAAAACUGCAGAGAUCUACAGAGCCUCCUUCCAAGAUCGCGGUCCGGAGGAGGAGCUGCGUGCUGCCCGAGCUUUAACAGGAGGACCAAUGGUUAGUAUUUACGAUGCAAAGACAGAACAACUUCGUAUAGGACCGUAUUCCUGGGUGCCAUUUCCACAUGUGGAUUUCUGGUUGCAGCAAGAUGAUAAGCAAAUACUAGAGGUGAGAAUUUACAAGAACCUUUCCACUUCACCUCUGGCCGAGCCCCCCCACUUUGUUGAACAUAUUAGAACAACCUUGAUGUUUUUAAAAAAAUACCCAUCUCCAACAAACACACUAUUUCCUGGAAAUAAAGCUCUGCUCUACAAAAAAAAUGAAGAUGGCUUAUGGGAAAAGGUCCUUUCUACAAGAAGCUAAAAAUAGGAAUUACCAAAGAAAGCAACUUUUUGGCAUGACAGAGACCACUGGUGGGGGUUGGACAGAAUAUUAAUUUGGAAUCUACAUCCGUUGAGUCUUAGUGUCUUUCAAAUGACUUUCAAAAUAAAAUCUUAUUUUGGCAAA